CCACCGCCGCCCCUCCCUCGAGUUCCCCCGAACGCCGCCCCUCAGGUUCCCGGGACGCCGCCCCUCAGUUUUCCUGGACGCCGACCCUCCCUCGAGGUUCUCCGUGUAGAUCCGCCACCUCUCCCUUGCACGAACUCGCGCCCCUCCGUCGAGGUCCCCUGGACGCCGCGCCCACCCCUAGCGCCUAUCUUGCCAAACACCAUCAAAACUCCAGAGGAGUUGCCCCACCAGGGAGUUUUGGAGCAGAGCAGCUCUAGGUGGAGCAGAGCUAUGCCAAACACGCUUGUCCCAAACAGGACCUGAGACGAACCCUUUGGCCUCGGCUCUCGUCUUGUGAGUGUGUAAUCUCGGAUCGGGAAACUCGACUGCGGGGUCGGAGAAGAUGGCGGCGGCGGGAGAAGUUGCCGGCGCUUCGUCGGGGACGAGGACGAAGCGGCUUAAGAUUGCCGUCAUCCACCCGGAUCUCGGAAUCGGUGGUGCUGAGAGAUUGAUUGUCGAUGCGGCUUGUCAGCUUGCUGCCCACGAUCAUGAUGUUCAUGUCUUCACAUCACAUCAUGAUAAAAAACGUUGCUUUGAGGAGACUCUUUCUGGUUUGUUUCCGGUUACUGUACAUGGGGAUUUCCUGCCUCGCCAUGUGUUCUACCGCUUUCAUGCUGUUUGUGCUUAUCUUCGCUGCAUUUUUGUUGCGCUCUGUGUGCUACUCAGAUGGCCCUUCUUUGAUGUCAUAUUGGUAGACCAGGUUUCUGUUGUGAUUCCACUACUUAAACUAAUGGCAUCAUCGAAGAUAAUAUUUUACUGUCAUUUCCCUGAUCUGUUACUUGCACAACAUACUACUAUGCUUCGGAGGUUAUAUCGCAAGCCAAUUGACAUGAUUGAGGAAAGCACUACUGGUAUGGCUGAUUUGAUUCUUGUCAAUAGCAAGUUCACUGCAGCAACUUUUGCAAGGACCUUUUCUGGUUUACAUGCUAGAGGAAUCGAGCCUGGUGUUCUUUAUCCAGCUGUCUCUGUUGAGCAGUUUCACGAACCCCAUGCUUAUAAGUUGAAUUUCCUAUCAAUCAACCGGUUUGAGAGGAAAAAGAAUCUUGAUCUUGCCAUUUCAGCAUUUGCUUUGCUCCGUUCUGCUGCUUGGACUCUACCUGGUGAUGCUCUACAAGAAGCAACAUUAACAGUGGCAGGUGGCUAUGAUAAGCGUCUCAAGGAAAAUGUUGAAUACCUUGAGGAACUCAAAAGACUCGCAUUGACGGAAGGGGUUUCUGGACAGGUUAAUUUUGUUACAUCUUGCUCAACAUCUGAAAGAAACGAGCUUCUCUCCAACUGCCUCUGCGUUUUAUACACUCCAAAGGAUGAACAUUUCGGUAUUGUACCUCUUGAAGCCAUGGCCGCCCAUAAGCCGGUAAUUGCCUGCAAUAGUGGUGGCCCAGUGGAAACAGUUGUGAAUGAAGUAACAGGGUUUCUGUGUGAUCCCUCUCCCGCAGAAUUCUCCAAAGCCAUGCUGAAACUUGUGAAUGAUCAUGAUCUUGCUGUCAGAUUGGGUGAACAAGCACGUGACCAUGUGGUGCAAAAAUUCUCGACCAAGACAUUUGGUGAUCUCCUCAACAGCUACGUCUUGAACAUCUACCAUGAGAGGAUGGAAUGAUCUAUAAUAUUGGGUCAGCCAUGCCAUAUGAAAACAAUUUGUUCAAUACAAGGUUUUUUUUGCACCUUUACGUCUAAUCUGAUUUUGAUGGACACACAUAAUGACAAUGACAUUCCAUUGAAUCCCUUUGGCAUACUGUAGUCACUCUAUGAUCUGUAUAUUGUUUUCAAUUAUAA